CAGAUUUCUACGAGUGUCAGUGAAAGCAUCGCUCAGGUAGUAAAGGGGCAGAUCCGAGGACCAGAUACGAGGAACCGUGGGGCUGCUUAGCUCCGCUCACACCCCUCGGGUUGUGUUUUCUCCCCCCCCCCUCAACGGCUCCCCGGCUGCCUAACCUCGGCUCUUUCCUGGAAGACCAUGGUGGCUAAAAACAGAAAACAGACCGGGAAGAGUCCGGCGACCCAGGCUGACCGCGACAAGAGCCCGCUUGUUUCGCCCCCUGGCAAAAGUAACAUCAGGCGACCAGGCAGGGAGGGCAAGCCUUUCACCAGCUCUCAUUCGAACGGGCUCUCGGGCAUCAGACACAAGCUCGGGCUAACUCCCUCCGCAGCCGUGAAGCUGGGAAUUACUCUUCUCCUCGCUGCUCUGACUGGAUAUCUGCACUGGUAUCAUCUCUCACAGCUGUUUGAGAAUGACAGACACUUUUCACAUCUGUCAAACCUGGAGAAAGAGAUGGCUUUUCGGACGGAAAUGGGUCUGUACUACUCCUACUAUAAAACCAUUAUUGAGGCACCCUCUUUCCUGGACGGCCUCUACAUGGUCAUGAAUGAUCGGCUGACGGAGUACCCCUUGGUUAUUAACACACUGAAGAGAUUUAAUCUCUAUCCAGAGGUGGUCCUGGCCAGCUGGUACCGGAUGUACACAGGUGUGAUGGGCUACUUAGGGAUUCCCACAAAGAUGUGCUGGUCCAUCAACAGAGGAGAGGGCCUCACUCCUGUGGAUAGCUGUGAAGGAAUGGGUGAUCCAGCAUAUUUCUAUGUGACCUGUGUGUUCCUGCUGAACGGUGUGAUGAUGAGCCUGUUCUUCAUUUACGGUGCCUACCUCAGUGGCAGUCGGCUGGGCGGCGUUGUUACCACAAUGUGUUUUUUCUUCAACCACGGUGAGAGCACUCGUGUGAUGUGGACUCCGCCACUCAGGGAGAGCUUUGCUUACCCUUUUUUAGUCCUGCAGAUGCUUCUUCUCACCUACAUCCUACGGACACGGAACCCGAGCAGGACAGCCAUGGUCGCUCUGGGCAUCUCCAAUUUGUGCUUCAUGCUGCCUUGGCAGUUCGCCCAGUUUGUGCUGCUCACUCAGGUGGCUUCUCUGUUUGCUUCGUACAUCCUGGGUUACCUCGGUCCUGCCAAGAUGCAGUCUAUCCUGGUCACUCAUAUGAUCACACUUGGCGUCUGCUUCAUCCUGAUGUUUGGUAACUCCAUGCUCCUCACAUCAUUCUACGCCUCCUCGCUCGUCUCCAUCUGGGCAAUCAUUGCACUGAGGGAUCGAUUCACUCAAGUUUUCAAACCUGGCAUCAUCAUUUGGGUUAUGCAGGGUUUGGCGUGGGUCGGCUCCACAGUUCUACUCAAAUUCAUGUUGUCCACAGUCCUUGGUGCCUCUGAUGAUGCUCACAUCAGUGGACUGAUCAAGUCUAAGUUCACCAGCUACAAGGACUUCCACACUCUGAUGUACACGUGUGCUGCAGAAUUUGAUUUCAUGGAGUUGGAGACCCCCUUGCGUUACCUCAAAACAUUGCUGCUGCCCAUCAACAUGCUGGUGGUUGCUCUCAUUGCUGCGAGGACCAUGCAGGAUAUAGUCCGAUUCCUGAGAGAUGGAGGGAAGGCGUCUGGCAAGACUGAAGAUGUUGAUGAAGCUGCAGGGUCUGAGAUAGCUGCAAAAGGAGAGCUGGUCUACCACAGUCUGCAGCUGGUGGCCUUUGCUGUCCUGGCAAUCCUCAUCAUGCGUCUGAAGCUCUUCCUGACGCCCCACAUGUGCAUCAUGGCCUCGCUCAUCUGCUCCAAACAGCUGUUUGCUUGGAUCGGGGAGAAGUAUAAGCACCAGAUUGUGGUGUUUGCUGUAAUGGCCAUCAUGGCCAUACAGGGAGUAGCCAACCUGCAGGCCCAGUGGGCGAUCAUCGGAGAGUUUAGCAACCUGCCACAGGAGGAGCUGCUGGACUGGAUCCAGGACAACACCCGUCCAGAUUCUGUCUUUGCGGGAGCGAUGCCCACCAUGGCCAGUGUGAAGCUGUCCACGGGUCGUCCCAUUGUCAACCACCCACACUAUGAAGAUGCUGGUCUGAGGGAGAGAACCAAGCUGGUCUACUCCAUGUACAGCCGCAUGUCUGGAGAAACCGUAAAGAGAAAUCUGAUGAAGCUGGGAGUGGACUUCUUUGUCCUGGAGGACUCCUGGUGCACCAGGCGAACCAGGCCCGGGUGCAGCAUGCCAGAGAUCUGGGACAUCGAGGAUCCCCAAAACGUUGGUAAAACUCCUCUAUGCACCCACAUGUCCAGGAACUCACGACCCCACUUCACCACAGUCUUUUCCAAUGACAUUUAUAAAGUUCUCAAAGUCCCCAAAGUCACCAAAGAUCUCAGAUAACACCAUGGGAUGUACCAGUGCAGCGCCAAACUUGUUCUUUCCACCGGUUUUGUUUUUUUUGGAUAUAUUUUUUGGUCAGUCACUGCUGUUGCUGCUUUUUACUUCCCACAACUCAAACCCCCAUGGUUGCCCCUUUUUUUUCACGGUGCUUUGAUUCACUGAGAGAUGGACAAGUAAUAUUUGGAUAUGCCAAAACAAUCUGCCGUGCGUCUGACCUCAUGGUUCUCAGUAUGAAAGAAACUCCCUGUCCCCACAUUUUGCCAAUCAUCCUUCUUGCUGCAGCUUUGUCAUCCAGUGAUGUUCCCAUAAUGCUUCGGUCAGUGCCCAAGUGAAAACCAAAAGGUGUUGUAGCUCUUUGUUUAGCUUGCUGCAUUAGUUCUGUUACACACAGUCUUUAUUUUAAGAAAUACCGUUCAAACAUAAUUUUUUACUGUAUGUAAUAAUUUGUUUUUGACUUUUGCUUAAGAAGUAAAUUUUGUCUGGCAGGACUAAUUGAUGAUGUCCACAUACUGUGAAGCAAUACCCUUUGCAAACUUGACAAAAGCUGACUUCUUUUGUCAUGCACGGUGUUGAUCUCUGAAAAGAUUUUCAGAUUUUUUUUUAUAAUUUAUUAGUGUGAAUAUUUUUAUGCAAAGUUCAAGGUGUUAAGACAUUUUCUUUCAACAGUGUUUUAAGAGUCCUGGAAAUCACAGGGGAAAAUUCUGUUCUUGUGAAAGCUGUGGAAGCUUUGAAAAUCUUUGUAAUACAUAUCAUUCAACAUUGGUGUCUAGAUUGGGUUCACUCAAGAAUAUUUUUAGCUAAAUUUCACUGAGUAGAAGAGCUUUUGUUCUUAAGUCAGUUCUGAGUUUUUUAUGGCGAAACAUAUUUGAAAAGAAAAAACAAGUGGCCAACAUUUUUGUAAAUACCCAAACAGCUGUUUUGUACAAUACCCAUGUACGGCCUUUAAAAGGUUCUUUGUGUUUCUUGAAUUAUUGUUUAUUGCCAAAGGAAGUCUUGUUAUCAAAGCUGGGUAUUCGGGGUACUGUAGCAAAUAAAAGAUGUGUUUUUAGUGAUGGAGAA